UCGGACAAAUUUACCAUCGGACACGCUAUUUAAUUGGUUUAUCCGAUGAAAAUUUUUCUCAGUGUACGAUCGAGACCCUCGCCUCUCGCAUCGGUCACGUUCACGAAACGAUAAAUAGGAAUUAAAAUAAGAUAGCCAUUCGCGUACACAAGUGCCAUAAUUCCCAAGGAAAUACGAGCAUAACGCGGCAGUCAAAGUGUUAAAGAGAGAAUCGUAGCUCGAAACUUAGCGCGGUGAUAUUAGGCGCGGCUCGCGCUCGGUCGAGGUAGAGGUUUUGCAAAACUGACUCGCGCUUUGUUUAGCAAAUAUAUUCGUCGGAUUAAACGGCAUUCAAACUAAUACCGCCGUGGUAAAAUGUUUCCCUUUUCACGGUGUGCGCGCGCGGAGAUAAAUGUGACACUAGAGAAAGAGAGAGAGAGAGAGAGACACCGAGGCGCCAGCAGCUUCAACUUUGUAUACAUAUGUAGAGCAUGUUUAAUCGGAUACUUGUAUGGCUAAGAGAGAAAUGUCAUUCUAGGUCCUCUUGUACAUUAAAACCGGUAGACCGUUCUCCAUUCUUAUCUCAACUUAAGGCCGAUACUUGUUUAUCAGUCAGCGUAUUGUGCAGUUGUAGAAAGAGAGAGAGAGAGAGAGAGAGAGAGAGAGAGAGAGAGAGAGAGAGAGAGAGAGAAAGUAUUUUAAGCCGAGCGACGUAGUCGUUUAAUAUUUGAAAUCGCAGAUUAUGACUUCCGAUUUUCGCGUGCCACCUAAUAAUAUAAAGUAUUCUACGCAAACAUACGCUCACAUGCGCCGUUUGACUUCACUACGUCCUUAUCCAUUGUGCAUAUCCGUGUGUUCAAGUACAACGUGUUCAAAGCCGCAGUUACGCGAGAUCAUCGCUUUACAUUAACUUGAAAGAGAGCUCUGCAAAUUUUUAGUGUGAAUGUUUUCGUUUUUAAGCGACUAUUAAUAUUAAUAGUAACGGAGAUAAAUAUUAAAGUAACGAACGAAGCAAAGAGAGAGAGCGAGAGAAAGAGAGGAUACGAAGGAAAAACACAAAUAACUAUGUAAUAACGAUCGAAGGCGGUUGAUAAGUUGUGAAUUUUUGUAGUAUACAAUAUCAUUUCGGUCUGCCAGGCCAGUUUGUGUGUACAACCAACUGACAAACGACGUUACUGCGAUAAAAGAGGGAGGAGAGGAUAAUGUUAAAAAAAGGAGAACAAAAAGUGGGGGGAAAAACAAACAUCAAAUGUAUUGUAACUUUUUGCAUUUAGUAUAAUAUAUAUACUUACCUUAUACUACCAACCCCUAUUAUAGCAUCUCUUUAUUUGUCGCGACACACGCCUACCCGUUUGGCACGGACUUCAUUAGCUGGCUUCGCGCGCAGAGUCACGUUUCCCCUACAAGCGAUUUUGCCGAAACUGCUGAACGCCCCGCGGAUUCGUCAGCGUUCGACGGCGGCAUUUGACGAUACAAUUUACGACGAGGGUAAUAAUCGCGAAUAUAUUCGGCACGCGGAAUUUUCAAUUGUUCAUUGAAGCGACAUUUCAAGCGCGAGCGAAUCUCGGCGCAGAUAGACGCAACGCAAAGUAGAUUUUUCAUUUUUUAUUUUAUUAAUUGUUUUAAUUGCCUAUUGAUUGGAAUAUCGGGGCUGCGGCUGAAAAUACACUCGUAUGAUCGUUCGAUUUUUAAAAAAUUUUUGUUCCGACAUGUGAAUCCCGAAUGUUUUUAGGAUAUUUUUUUUAGGGGCGAAUUUAAGCACGAUUAAAACAAAUUGUAAUUUGGUUCGUCCGCCCGUCGGAACGACGCAUCCCUUCACUCGAGGCUCGGCCCGAUUUUCUGAUUGCGAGGCAACCAGAAAUUGCAGAAGAGCCCAGCCCUUCCAGAGUGUUGAAAUUCGUCUCGGCGAGAAUUGAGACUGUUCGAGAUAUCGCCGAGACGAUCGCGUGCAUUGCGUAAGAAUGCGACGACGAGGCAUACGCAUACGCGUGCGGCGGAAAGUUCAGACGGGGGUGUAGGAAGAGAGAAAAACGCGAGAGAUGAGAUCAUCUUUCCUCUCCGGCCGCGCGUUCCGCUCGGCGCGGCGCGCCGCGCCGCAAUACGCCUCGCGGACGCAGUCAGUACCGGUCCAGCGACCGAUUUGGAGGGCUGUUCUUUUCUCGAUCUUUGUCGCCCAGAGAGAGGGAGAGAGGAGGAUCGAGUGAGCGACAGAAGCGGAUCACGAAGAGGGUCAACGCGAGAGAUUGCAAUGUCGACGAGGCUGCAGCUGCUGUUGGUCGCGUUGCUUCUGGCGGUUCUGAUAGUGGACGUGUCUGCCCAGCGCAGACGGAAAUCUCGGCGUCGCACGACCACGACGGAGGCGCCCGUGCAAGAUGAGAUCAUGAACAUGCUGGAGGCUGACGAAAUAGCCGAGCAGGCGGCGACGGCGGAGGAGGCUGAGGUCACUCUUGAAAACGGCAGAAACGAGGCUGGAUCGAAGCGGCAGCGUUUGCUCCAGGACCCGUGUAUGGACAAACAUUGCGGCGCUGGUCGUGUUUGCAAGAGCACGGAGGAGGGCACGGCCGAGUGCGUUUGCGUGGAGUUGUGCAACCAGGAGGUCGAUCCGCGCCGCAAGGUCUGCACCAACUACAACGAGACCUUCGACAGCGACUGCGAGGCCUAUCAGGCGCGCUGCUUCUGCGACACCGGUGAUGCCAGGUGCAGGGGCCCCAACUAUCAGCAUGUCCACAUUGUGUACUACGGCGAAUGCCGACAGAUGCCCAUGUGUAAGGAGGAGGACAUGGCCGACUUUCCCAGGCGAAUGCGCGACUGGCUGUUCAACAUCAUGCGCGACCUAGCGGACCGUCAGGAGCUGUCAUCGCAUUAUCUUAAGAUGCAGCGCGAGGCCGAGACCAAUCAGACCCUGCGCUGGACGAACGCGGCCAUCUGGAAAUGGUGCGACCUGGACGGCCACCCGCACGACCGAACGGUGUCCAGGCACGAGCUCUUCCCGAUCAAAGCGCCCUUGAUGGCCCUCGAGCACUGCAUCGCGCCCUUCCUCGACUCCUGCGACGCCAAUAACGAUCACAAGAUCACGUUGCUCGAGUGGGGCAAGUGUCUGCAGCUCGACGAGGACGACAUCGAUGACAAGUGCGACGAACUGGCGGAGGCGAAUCAGGAGAAAUAGUAGAGGAUCCGGUGGCGGGUCCUCCUCCUUCACAGGACGAGGACGCGCGAGCGACGCGGCGCGCGCGCGAGAGAGAGAGAGUGAGAGCGGGACGCGUGGCCGGGCGCGGCGGGACGAGGCGAGGCGGGCGACAAUGGCGGGAACGGACGAGGAGGGCGCGGAGGACGCAGGUGACGCGCUGGGCAGGGUAGGGCAGGGAGAGACGGCGAGCCGGCUGGGUAAAAAUGGCGGGAAAAAUCCCCGCCAACGCGUGCGCGCGCCAGUGCGCAGGCCCCGCGCGCAUCGACGAGUCGAUACCGCGCGGACGAGUGGCAUCGUCAUCGAUGCCGAUACGCACCGGCCGCUGCGAACCGACCUCGCUCCUCGACAACACGUCCUCGUCCUCGUCCUCGUCCUCGUCGUCGUCGUCGUCGUCGUCGUCGAGCGACGCGACUCGCCGGGCGAGCGACCGCGGUCCGGCGGGGAGAAUUCGAAUUUCCGCGUAAUCGAAUCGCCCUCGCUCGUCGAUACUUGCAGUCGCAAGUGAUGCAAUUAAUUCGAAUUCAAGCGUGUCGGACGAACGCGACACGUGAUCCACCUGCGAGAGCGAAAAAUCCGCCCGCUCGCUCGGAGGCGACGGCGUAUUGUAAAGGACGAGUCUCUGUUUUACUCGGACGAUUUGAAUUCGGGCGAGAGGAAAAUCCGCUUUUCGAUUGCAAACGGAGACCCGCCCGGGCCGCGGAUUGUAUGGCAAGUUUUGUCGCUCGAGGGGCGAGGCGGAGAGAUUCGUCUGGAAACACGCCCGUGCGAUCGCGCGGGCUAAAAAUAAACGCAGACAGGGUAGUUUAUCGACGGACGCGCAGAUUCCAAUUGUUUCAACAGCGUCACGGGGGUGGACGUUCGUGUCUUCGCCCGCCAUCUUGUUAUCGCGGCCCCGCCGCGAGUCCGCUCGCCUCGCCGUCCGACGACGGUUUUGUAAUUGGAGCUCGAUCGUCGUGGAGGGUCUUCCGCCGCGCAAGGACGCGUCGUGGAGGACUCGAGAUGAAGACGGCCGAUUCGCUCGCGUUCCACAUAGAAUAAUUCCCAGGCCUCGAGUAGCGCGCCAUUUUCUAUACGCAACUUUUUGUAUCGAGUCACUGCCUUUUUCCGUCAAUAAAGAAACGUAAUACACUGCUGGCCAAGCUCUCCUACGCUGCGAUGUCUCACGUUCCUCUGACA